AUGUCUACCACUGUCCUUGUGUCGACUUUCCCUCCUUUCCCUACUCUUUCGCUCUCUGUACCCUCGGAUACACCAUUUCAAGGUCUCUAUGAUCUUAUUCAUGCUCGCUAUCCGACCCUGCCGCUGUCGGACGACUUAUUCCUCUCGCCUCAUCACGGCGUGGUGCCAUCGUCCGUGACGCCCGUGUCCCAGCUCGCAGGGGAAGAGGAAUCUGGGGUUGCGGAUGGGCUCGUCAGUCUCAGACUGUCUGCGAGGCUAAGAGGAGGGAAGGGUGGUUUCGGGAGCCAGCUGAGGGCUGCUGGUGGUCGUAUGAGUAGUCAGAAGACGAGUAACAAUGACUCGUGCAGAGACCUGAGCGGACGCAGGCUCAGCACCAUCAAGGAGGCGCAGAAACUUGCGUCCUACCUCGAGUCAGAGCCGGAACGCAAGAAAGCUCAGAAGGAAGCGGAGAAGCAGAAGCUCGCAGCCCUGGAGAAGAAGCUGCAGAUGGCCGACCCUGCAGUUGGAAGUAAGCGACCCUUGGUGGACUCUGAUUAUCUCGAGCAGCGUCGAGAGAUAGUGGAUAACGUGAAGAGCGCUGUAUCUGCAGGUACGUAA